AUGUUAAUUUGAAGAUUAAUAGUCUCUCUUCGACUUAGCAGCUAUGGAUUACGACGUAUUCGAAUCCGAACCGGAGCCGGUGGUACACGAAGCCGACCAGGAAGUCGGUCGAAAAGCGUUCCAGUUCAUGAACACACUUCGCAAACAGCAUAAAUUCUGCGACGUCACAUUAAAAGUGGGACAGCUCAAAAUACCGGCUCACAAAGUGGUGCUAUCCAGCAGCAGUAGAUACUUUUGUGCAAUGUUUACCGGACCCUGUGCGGAAAGUGACCAGAACAUAGUUGAACUUCUAGACGUAACAGAAGGCGCGAUUACCCUGCUUAUAGACUAUAUUUAUAUGGGUAGAAUUGAAAUAAAAACAAGCAAUGUGCAAAGUUUGCUGCAGGCGGCAUCCAUGUUCCAACUGCAGGAUGUUGUGAAUGCAUGCUGUAAGUUUCUAGCCGAUCAGUUGCACCCUUCGAACUGCCUGGGCAUCAAUGAGUUUGCAGACAUUCACACUUGUGACGAACUGAAGAGCAGCUCCAAUAAUUUUAUAGAGGAGAACUACACUGCCGUGAGUCAGGAGGAGGAAUUCUGCCAUCUUAGCUACCAGAGGCUGGAAUGUCUGCUGUCCAGUGAAAACAUACAGGUGUGUUCGGAGGUGGAAGUUUACAAUUCUCUGAUGAGGUGGGUCAAGUAUGACCUUGAAAACAGAAAGGGACUCUUACCACUUCUACUCAACAAAGUGAAACUGGCAAUGUUGGACGUGACAUUUCUGGUGGAUGUUGUGGAGAGGGAUGAGUUGAUCUCGAAGGAAGCCCAGUGCUGGCAACUGGUCAACAGAGCCAAAAACUACCACCUCCUCCCUCAGAGGGUCCUCCCAACCAACAACUCCUCUGUCACGGCCACGCCUACUCUCGGUGGAGGCAGUCCCCCAAACGGCAGCAGUACCAUCUCAAAUGUUUCAACAAACAACCCCCCAGGCUCGACAAACCCCAAUCCGUCUCUGCUAUUAACCGGACAGACUCACUCGCCUAUUCCGACAGUGAUCAACAACUCGGUCAAUCUGCUGGGCGGCAGCAGUAGUCAUCCUAUGGGAGCAAUAUGGAGCAGCAAUGACCUCUACCAGUUCCAGCCGAGGAAGUCGACACUGGGGCAGAUAUUCUACAUAGGCGGCAUGGACUCUUCAGGAUCCCUGAAGACUGUGGAGAAGCUGGAUGCUGGAAGUGGCAGCAUAGUGAUUCCGAUGGCCUCCAUGAAUGUGGCCCGAAGUGGGAUUGGAGUGGCGGUGCUGAAUGGACUUAUCUACGCAGUCGGAGGCCACGACGGGACCUCAUAUCUCAACAGUGUGGAGUGCUAUGACCCGAGUGUGAAGAAGUGGAGCAUAGUGGCGAACAUGAACUGUCCCAGGAGGUAUGUGGCAGUCUGUGCCUACAACGGACUCCUCUAUGUCGCAGGUGGCUACAGUGGAAUCACCGUACUCAACUCCGUCGAGGUGUAUGACCCAGACAGCAACUGCUGGCGCUACGUGUCCCCCAUGAACUGCAGAAGACGUCACGUGUCUAUGGCCCUGCUGAACAAACGUCUCUAUGCAGUGGGUGGCCAUGACGGUAUCUCCUACCUGAAGAGUGUGGAGGAGUAUGACCCGAGCACUGACACCUGGAAGUUUGUCAAGACUAUGUACACCAGACGGGGAGGCGCAGGAGUGGCCGCUCUGGGGGGAAAACUGUACGCCAUCGGAGGCUAUGACGGGAACUCGAACCACUCUACGAUGGAGAGGUACCACCCAGAGGAAGACAGAUGGAGUCUGGUGGCUCCUAUGAGCAGCUGCAGGAGUGGACUGGGAGUGGCUGUCAUACAGGACAAAAUAUAUGCUAUAGGAGGCCACGAUGGAGUUCACUACUUGAACAUAGUGGAAGUGUUCGAUCCGAAAGUGGGCGAAUGGCACAUCAAGUGUCACAUGAUGACGUCACGAGCAGUGGCCGGAGUCGCAGUCUUAUUCAACUCCAUCCAACAACAACUGCAACAAAACAAUCAGCAGCAGCAAUUGCAGUCUGCCUCUAAGUUCUUUUAAUAAAACUGUCAGAGUCGAAACAUUUCUAGAAAAACUUCUCGAAUGUUAUAUAACUUGUAUGCUUAUAUUAUAUGAACUGUAAAUUAAAAUUUCAAAAUCUGAUGAGUUUUAUUA